GACCCCAUGCUGAACACAAGCCACCCAUUCUAUGAUGUGGCCAGACACGGCAUCAUGCAGGUGGCAGGACCCUCUGGAAUACAGAGAAACUAAGAUGAUGGACCCCAAGUAACAGAUAACAAUUCCAGGGCUCCUGGAACAGAGGGCCCCAAUCUGAGGAGCUUCAAACAACAGACAUUCUCACGGGUCUCAUGGAUCUGGGGUUCAGAAGGGAUGACCGCCAGGGGAGACGCAUCUUCACCUUCAGCUGCUGCCGACUGCCGCCCUUGCACCAGCUCAACCACCAGCGUCUGCUGGAGUAUCUGAAGUACACGCUGGACCAGCAUGUGGAGAAUGACUAUACCAUCGUCUACUUUCACUACGGCCUCAGCAGCCAGAACAAACCAUCCCUCGGCUGGCUCCAGAAUGCCUACAAGGAGUUUGACCGGAAGUACAAGAAGAACCUGAAGGCCCUGUAUGUUGUGCACCCCACCGGCCUCAUCAAAGUUGUGUGGAACAUCUUCAAGCCCCUCAUCAGUCACAAGUUUGGGAAAAAAGUCACCUACUGCAGCAACCUGCGUGAGCUCCGGGAACACCUUCAGGGCGACCAGCUGCUGGUACCCCCGGAAGUCGUGCGGUAUGAUGAGAAGCUGCAAAACCUGCAGAAAGGCCAGCUGCCCCCUCCCACCAAGACUCCACCACCUCGGCCGCCUCUGCCCACUCAGCAGUUUGGCGUCAGCCUGCAAUACCUCAAAGACAAGAAUCAAGGGGAACUCAUCCCCCCCGUGCUGCGGUGGACGGUGACGUACCUGAGAGAGAAAGGGCUGCGCACUGAGGGCCUGUUCCGGAGAUCAGCAAGCGCCCAGACCAUCCGCCAGAUACAGCGGCUGUAUGAUCAAGGGAAGCCGGUAAACUUUGAUGACUACGGGGACAUGCACGUCCCAGCCGUGAUCCUGAAGACGUUUCUGCGAGAGCUGCCCCAGCCGCUGCUGACCUUCCAAGCCUACGAGCAGAUUCUGGGGAUCACCAGUGUGGAGAGCAGCCUGCGUGUGACCCAUUGUCGCCUGAUCCUGCAGGGCCUCCCAGAACACAACUAUGCCGUCCUCCGCUACCUCAUGGGCUUCUUGCAUGAGGUGUCCCGGGAGAGCAUCGCAAACAAGAUGAACAGCUACAACCUGGCCUGCGUGUUCGGGCUGAACUUAAUCUGGCCAUCUCAGGGGGUGGCUUCUCUGAGCGCCCUGGUGCCUCUGAACCUGUUCACGGAGCUGCUGAUCGAGUAUUACGACAAAGUCUUCAGUGCCCAGGAGAGCCCCAGGGAGCACAGCCAGGACACUGUGGAAACGCAGCCAGCUCACCCCGUCACCAAGGGGUUCACACAGGCGGGCACUCCCCGGGCCUCACCAUACCUGUCACGCCUCAGAAUCCCCUGACUGGCUGGAGACACCCCAAGAUGGGAGACUGAAGGGACAUGGGAACUUGCAGGCAAGGGGCCCAAGAGUUGCUGCAGGGAGGCUCCUGGCUUACUCUUCCCAUCUGGACGGGGCGGGCCUUAUACCACACUCACCCUUCCAGCUCUGGCAACUCCAGCUCUGUGGUGGUAAACAGGCCUGAGAUAGAAUUGUGUCCCACCCCCAGCACCGUCAGCUGGAACAAGUUUUCGUUCUCCUUUGCCUGAUUCCUGUCUGGUCAUGGGGCAAAGAGAACGCUGCAUCCUCACCGAAGCUGGAUGUUUGUUUAUUUGUAUCUGCCACUGAACAAGUAAUGCAGGCGUUUGUUUCCUGGUUGUGUCAAAGUUGCUCAGCAUGUGGAACCCGAGGCCCAGGCACGACCCAUGAUAGCUAUGGACACAGCACAACCAAAAAGGGCAAACUUGCUUCAAACAUGAGGG